UCGUUACACAAGGAUUUCUCUUGGCAGCGCGUUUUCGGAUGCGAUCAAAGAGAUUUUUCUGCGGUAUUCGUCUUGAGACAAAACUUAUUGACAAUGAUAACGGUGCUACGUAUAGCUGAGGAGCUGAUGUCGGUGGAUUACCGCAAGUGGUUUUCCAGCCGAUGGUUACCCCCAUCUGAUCGAUCGCUGAGCCUGGUGUCGGUGGGUACCGAUUCACCACCCCUGCCUCCUCCAUUGCUUGAUGAACUUGGGAAGGGGUUAGUCUUGGACCAGUCUAAGCUAUCUAUCCCUAACUUGAUCGAAAGGUUGCAACCAAUUCUAGGAGAUCUUCUUGGGAACCCAGCUGAUCAAGGAGAAGCGACAACUGUGCUACCUGCUCCCGGUAGUGACAAUGGAAAUCCCUCUUAUCAGAAGGAGGCGAAACCCCCAUGGACUAACCUGGCUGAAGGGUGAGUGGAGAACAAUUUCAGAUACACUCUAUUUUGUUAGAAUGGCCACAGGAAGGGGUUUUCUAAACGACUCGUUCAAAAAAUCCACGCCACAGCUUACAAAUUUCACUUCACGCGAAGUCUAGCUCUAAUUUAAUGGUGAUUAUCAGCUGAACUGAGUUUAGUGUUUUGUCUCACUUAGUCUUUACUGAUAAUCGCAAUACCAAUGUGGAGAAAAUGUACAGUGGCACACCAAAACUAUCUGUUAGAGUUGUCUUAAAGAAAAGAGGGAAUGAUAAGAUAAACAGAGAGUUUAUCUUUGCAUUUCAUUUGAAAAUUGAAGAAGAGUUUAUGCAUUUCCCCAUAGGCU